CCCACCGGGCUGCUCAAGCCCUAGGCUGCUAGGGAGAGGUUGCACGUUCGCUGGGCCCAUCUGGCGGAGCCGAGUAAGGGAAAUGGUCCCCGCCCCGCCGCUCGCCGGUUGAGGAGGAGCCGCCCUGGCCAGGUGGCAGGCCAGCCGCGGCGCGGGGCGCGGGCCAGAAGGGGCGUAUCGUCUUCCCCUGCUGCUGCUGAAUGUCGACUCCGGAGGAUGAGGAGAGGCUCUCGCCGCUCGCCCAGAGAUGGCCCCGCGCGAGCAAGUUCCUCCUGUCGGGCUGCGCGGCCACCGUGGCCGAGCUAGCAACCUUUCCCCUCGAUCUCACAAAAACUCGACUCCAAAUACAAGGAGAAGCUGCCCUUGUUCGGUUGGGAGACGGUGCAAGAGAGUCUGCUCCCUAUAGAGGCAUGGUGCGUACGGCCCUGGGGAUUGUCCAAGAGGAAGGCUUUCUAAAGCUCUGGCAAGGAGUGACACCUGCCAUUUACAGACACAUAGUGUACUCUGGAGGUCGAAUGGUCACUUACGAACAUCUCCGUGAAGUUGUGUUUGGCAAAAGUGAAGAUAAGCAUUAUCCCCUUUGGAAAUCAGUGAUUGGAGGUAUGAUGGCUGGUGUCGUUGGCCAAUUUUUAGCCAACCCAACUGACCUAGUGAAGGUUCAGAUGCAAAUGGAAGGAAAAAGGAAACUUGAAGGAAAACCAUUGCGAUUUCGUGGUGUGCAUCAUGCAUUUGCAAAAAUCUUAGCUGAAGGAGGAGUACGUGGGCUUUGGGCAGGCUGGGUACCCAAUAUACAAAGAGCAGCGCUGGUGAAUAUGGGAGAUUUAACCACUUACGAUACAGUGAAACACUACUUGGUUUUGAAUACACCACUGGAGGACAAUAUCAUGACUCAUGGCUUAUCAAGUUUAUGUUCUGGACUGGUAGCUUCUAUUCUGGGAACACCCGCUGAUGUCAUCAAAAGCCGAAUAAUGAAUCAACCGCGAGAUAAACAAGGAAGGGGCCUUCUGUAUAAAUCAUCAACUGACUGUUUGAUUCAGGCUGUUCAAGGAGAAGGAUUCAUGAGUCUCUAUAAAGGCUUUUUACCCUCUUGGCUGCGAAUGAGGAGCGUACAAUGUGAUGGGAGAAGAUAGACACACCCCUUGGUCACUGGUGUUCUGGCUUACUUAUGAAAAAAUCAGAGAGAUGAGUGGAGUCAGUCCAUUUUAAGCCCUUAAAGAUGCAGCCCUUAAAGAUACAGUGUUCAUUAUCAUUGAAAUGCGGGCAUCUGCAACAUACACCCCCCAUUAUUUCUACCUCUUUAGGAAGACACCUUACUCCACAGAGACUGUGAUUUAUAGGGGGCAGCACUUUAUUUUUAUCUGGAAACCCAAGUUCUCUUUGACUCCUCUUUUUGUUCGAAAGCAAUCUGAUUGGAUCACACAAGGCCACCCAAUGAGACCCAGCCCAGUGUUUUCUAAGGAAGAGUCAAAUCCUGACCACUUACUUUCAGCAAGAAGAUUCGACCUUCGAGAUGCUACUCUAUGCUGAAGAGCUUGCUUAGAGGAGGAAAUGCCAGAAGGGAGACAGCAUCUUAGACCUGAAGCAGACAAUAGGAAUGUGGAAAAGUACAUACGUACAUAAUGACUAUGGAACAUAUUUAACCUGUCGUGUCAGUAUUUACGACUGAAAUUUGAUAAUUCACUUUUCUGUUGCCGUUAAAGUGUGCAUACUUUAAAUUAAAGGGAGGUGAAUGAAUAAACAUUUUGAGGUUUCCCUAGUGUUGAAGGAAGUUGAUGUACCUUUUCUUGCCAGGAGGAUGAAAUAAAAUCAAGUUGAGAUGAUGUUUGGAUCUCAAGGGAAGAAGCCGUUUUCCAUCAGUGCCCUGUCGUUAGUUGAUCUGUGUUCACUGGUUAGCUCUCCAGCACACAGGCUAAGGAUUUCCUGAAAGCCACCGACCGCAUCUUGAUGAAAACAGAAAAGAGUGUUUGCUUUGUGACAUAUCCCAUUCCAGCUUGAAUUUGUCACUGGCUCUCAAGAAUCUCAAUAUAUGAAAAACGCAGUUUAUUUGAUUAAAGCUCGGGUGGACAGGUCCUUUUAAUAAAGAAACAUCUGUUAUCAUCAGCCUCUCAGUGGCACGUUAAAAGCAAAGCUAAGGGCUUCCCUGGUGGCGCAGUGGUUGCGCGUCCGCCUGCCGAUGCAGGGGAACCGGGUUCGCGCCCCGGUCUGGGAGGAUCCCACGUGCCGCGGAGCGGCUGGGCCCGUGAGCCAUGGCCGCUGAGCCUGCGCGUCCGGAGCCUGUGCUCCGCAACGGGAGGGGCCACAGCAGAGAAAGGCCCGCAUACCACAAAAAAAAAAAAAAAAAAAAAAAAAAAAAAAAAGCAAAGCUAAGAUGAAGUCAGACGACAUAAAUCCUUUCUUAAUCUCGCCUUCCCUAACGCUUAGGGUCCUAGAGAGAGAGAACUCAGAAAUCACAUGAAAGCUGUCUCUAGCCUGAAUCUUAUUCAAUUUGACAAAGCCUCCUGCCUAAAAAGUGAUAAGUAUAAACUGCCUAGGGUAUACAGUUAUGUCUCCAAUCACUAAAUCACAUCCCUUUUCUUAGAAAGGUGAGAGGUUUCUUCAGAUUCACCUCUGUACCACCUGUUCCCCUCAACCUCAGACAGUGGGUAUUUCUGAAUGGAUGGCUACAGUUAUGGGUAGAGGCUGUAACUGUCAAAAUAGGAAAAACCCCAAAAGCUCAGACCCAAGAAAGACCGUGGGGCUGACCAAACAGGAUUUAUCAUGGGCAUGAAUGAUGUGGAACAGAAGAAAGUUUACAAGUACCCUGUGGUUGCACUGAUGUAUAAUCACUGCCAUUUAAGAGGGGAAGUAUGCUUUAAAAUAUAUUUUAAUGUGAUGUACUAAUAUGCAGUGGUUUAUUGUUUUUGUAGAAUUGACAGAAUGUGAAGUUUAAUCUCUUAAAAUCUUUCGGUGGUCUACUUUUCCAUUGCAUUUGUCAAUCUGUAUGAAUUGAGCUGUUAAAUAUAUUUAAAAUAAUAUUAUGUACUUAGAUUCUCAAGUGUUCUGUAUUAGAACCACUUUAGGAAACUUUGUUUUUUGUGUGUAUUUUAUACAUUUUUAAAUCAAGUAAAUAUUGGAUCAAAAUAAUUAUAUGCAAACUGGACCAUGAAAAAGUUUAUUUAGCUUAAUUCUUUGAGGGGCUUGAGGUAAAAACAUUGCUUACAUAGUGAGACUGUUCCUUGGUGUCUGGAUUCAACACAAAUAAUUGGAUUUUUUUUUUUAACUGGAAAUGACUCCAUAGGAUGGUCUGGUUUAAUUCUUUCAUUGUCUAAGUUAGGAAACUGAGGCCUAGAGAAGUAGAGUUGUUCAUGCUCAUAACUUACUUAGUAGCAGAGCCAGGAUAAAAAUACAGAUCUCUUAAUUAUUAUUACAGCUGACAGUUAUUGUACACUGAUUAGGUACCAAGUAAAUGCCUUAUGUUAUCUUCACAACAUCCCAGUCCAGUGCUAUUGAAUCUUCCAAAACCAAAUUUUUUCUUUAUGGCAUUUCUUGUCUUAGACAUUUUAAAUGAAUUUGAAUUGCCUUUAGCAUACAUUUUAGAGUAGAGUCACCAUACUUUAGCUAAAACAUAAAGACCCUCCAGAACCUGACCAAACCCUGUAGAUCCAACACAUAUAUCCUAUCACAGUUGUACUUUUCCCAGUGAAAUCAUUUUCAUUAAUGUAUCUUGGAACUUUGCUUUAUUUUACCAACUUGAAAUCAUCUUGUUCCUCUCCAAAAUAACCCACAGUAAAUAAAAAGAAAUAAAAUUUCAGUAAUUUUGUGUCCAUACUGAAAGAGCCAUUUCAGUCUCACUUUCUUAUAAUACAACUGUUGGUGGUAUUUAUCUUCAGCUCAGUAUUGAUAAUACUUAACCUCUGAGCUUCCUUUGCUUAGCUUCCCCAUUUUUUCUCUUCGCAAAUGAUUUUUUUUCUCACUGAAAAAUAUACACGUUCUUAUUUUUAAUUAUAUACAGUCCUUUGUU